AUGGCUCAAAAAGACGUUUUAGUGGCAUACAUUUUGUGGUUCUUCCUUGGAUUCCUUGGUGUGCAUCGAUUGUACUUGGAUCAACCACUUUGGUUUGUGAUUUAUUUCCUUACUGGUGCAUUGUGUGGAAUUGGAUGGUUGAUUGAUCUGUGUUUGAUUCCGUCAAUGGUGGACCGUUGCAAUCAAGCAAAUAACACUGUUUACACUACCACGACCACGACCACCUAUACCACUCCUACUGCUCCACAACAAGGUGUCUAUCAACAACCAUACAAUUAA